AUGCCUCCAAGAAAGACGAAGCGCUCCGCUGCAGCAGCAGCAGGUGCACCGCCAGCGGCGGAACAGACGCCCACCAAACGUGCCGCUGCCUCCUCAGCAAAGCCGCCGACUAACCAGUCUCCGCCGCCGCAGUCGGUGACGACCCCAAUCAGGAAGAGCUCCGUGGCUGGCAACGCAAGCCCGGCGCCCUCCUCUUCCUCUACUCCGCAGUGGAAACAGCAGCAGCAAGUAUCUCAGCCGCAGCUCUGCACUCCUGAAGCGCAGCGUAGCCAGAGAACUGUCAAGCAGGCGCGUGAGAGCUCAUUCGCCUCCUCGCCUCAGGCGAUACCACCCGCCCCCGCCAACAGCCCUGCACCGGUCUCCAGCAGGGCCUCUCAACAACGCUCCUCAGCUUCCCUAAACCAGCAGAGCCCCAGCGAGAAGGCUGCGAAGGUGAAGGCGAACAGCACCGGUACGGCGGCGGCGGCGCCGACCACUUCCGCAUCUCCAGUGUGCCCACCUUCGCCGCCGCCAUCGCCCGCCCGGCACGAGAGGACGACGUCCUUGCGGCCACCGCAGUCUGCGAGCCCCGCGAAGCGAGGCGCGAGCGGCGUUACGAACGGCAGCACCUCUGCGGACACCACGCUGGCGUCUACGGGGCCGGCAGGAAAAGCCGCAUCGGCUGCCGCCGCGGGUACCGCGAACGUAAGCGCCAGCGUUAGCGCUGCAGCUGAGGGGGCGGGCAAGUCCUCGAAGUCUGCACGAAGCCGCAGUGUGCGUCGCAGCCGUGCCCGCGCCGCCCUGUCGACGUCCCCAUCGGCAACGUCCUCACCAGAGGCGCACUUCGUUGAGCGCUUCAUGUGUGAGUCAAAGGUAAUCGCGCCGGACGUGAGCGGCAUUCUCUGCCUCGCGGUGCAUCCUUCGGAGAAGGAGCUCACUGUCGCGCGUGAGAACGGUUCGCUCGUGCGCUACGACGUGACGUUUUUCCAGGGCAUCCCGCAGUUUGUGCAGCGCCGCCACACAGGCGGCCAGACGCACCGCACCAUAUCAGGACUGGCCUACGUGACUGUCCCGAAACCGAUGUCGUCGUUGAAGUCCGAAGCAGCGUCGGCGGCCCGCCAUGUCCUCCUCGCCUCCAUGAUGUCCGGUCAGAUCGUUGUCUAUGACGCGGAGCUGCUCGUUCCCAUUGCGCUGCACCAGCGCAGCGGUGGCGCCAUUUGGGCUCUGCACGCGGUGAGUGCUGCGUGCAUCUACGCCGCCAUGGCGGACGGGAGCUGGCAGCAGCUGCGGCUCGCGUGUAAGCGAGACGGCGCCGCCCCGCAGCUGGAGCUGGUGCGUGUCGUACCCGGCAUCAGCGGCGCCGACCGCGCCUUGUCUGUGACGACGUCUCUGUCGCUGCGCAUGGCGGUUGGCUCCGACGACGCCGGUAACGUACAUGCGUGGCGCUUGCCUGCUGGCGUGUCUUCGCAAGGGUCUUCUGCCGGCGCCAGUGCCGCAGAGAAGGACGACGAGGCUGCCACUCCCAGCCGUGCACGCGGUUUGGCCGAGCACGAGUCUCUCUGGACCACAAAGCUAGCGAAGGGCGUCGCACUCAGCUGCGCUGUGGUCGGCGGGACGCAGCGUCCCUGUGUUGUUGUAGGGACGUCGAUGGGCGAUGUCGUGCUGCUCGAUGCCGCGCACGGACACGUCUUCCAAACCUUCUCGCAGCACAAGGGACCGGUGUCAACGCUGGCGGUGCAGGGCGACGCUGUUGUCUACGCGUCCGGUUGGCACGAGAGCCUUCGGAGCUACCGCUGCAACGAUCAGGGCGACUGGUAUCCGGCUGAGGUGAAACGCCGCACACACUAUCACGAGGCGAGCCAGCUGGCACUGUUGCCGCAUCGCCGACUGAUCUUGUCUGCGUCGCGCGACGGCACGAUCAUGUACGCGCCGACAGCGCAGCUGUUCACGUUGCCGGCGAUGUACGUGGUGGUCACGACGCAGCAGUUUGCCUACGCGAUCGAUCGCGAGCUCCUCUUGCAGUCCCGCUUCGACACCAUUGAGGCCUUCCACAUGGACAGCGCCGCUCGUCACUGGGUGCCCUUCUUCGGCCACCGUCUCGAUGGCCGCUUCCACCUUUCCGGCCUGUGGUGCGAUCGCCAGCUGAACUACAUUGUCUUCAGCACAGAGGAGCGCAUUGGGCUGCUGAGGGUGGUGUGGCGUGCACAUGCGGCGAUGUCUGUGUCGAGGCUCGAGGCAGUGCUGGAGCUGCCGGCGCGCAGCGGUGUGGUCGACGUCUGCUGGUCGGGUACUGCUGCUGCCGCGGGAUCGGCAGAGGAGGCCAGCGCGGGCGCAAGUGAAGAAACGGCCGCUGACGCAUCGGCCUUGUUGCCGACGUCGCAGCGACUCUACAUCCUCUACGACGACGCCGUGACGUGUGUUACUCUCGCUGACGGGUAUCCGGCGGUGCACACUCCCGUGCAGGUGCGCGGGAAGCGGCUCCCCGACGACUCGCUGCGACCUUACCGGGUACUGUGCCGCCCAACAGCUGCAGCUUCGCUUACCGGGAGUCGCAGUAGUGGCCCGGCACCUGACGCAGCAGAGGACAAAGAGCUUGUCAUCUACGGCCACCGUGGCAGCUGCCGCAUGCGUCUCAUGGCAGAUGGCACCCCCGACGCGGACUCCCUGGUCGCCGAUCUGGAUGACGUGUACGAGCUGGCGCAGGAGUUGCCACUGCUGCAGGAUGUGUUGAACAAGAAGGCCAAUGAUGGCAGUCACGGUGGCGCGGAGCGUUCACUGAAGAGGGCAAGAGUGGAGGCGUCAGCCUCGUCAGCGCCGGUGAAGGAAACAUCCUGCGAGGCCCUGGUCGGCUUGUCCACGCUGCGGCAGCGGUACUUCGUAGGCCCAACGCUGCACUCAUCCUCGGCAGCCGUCACACCACUGUCGGCGACGCUGCCGCAUGAUGUGCGCUGGAUUGCCCGCGUCGCAACGUUUUCGUCGAGAAACAGUGCUGCGACCACCUCCCCAGCCGCCGCCUCAUACAAGUACCUUGGCUACUUCGGCCGUGGUCUCCUCGUCGCCACGGGUGAUAGCUGGCACAUGGUGCGCCGCAUGUGCGUUGAGGCUGCCUUCCUAAUAAAGGGCGGCACGGAGGUGUUGGUGCUGGAGCGCAACCUCGAGAAGACCCUGGAGGCUCUUCCCCUCUGCUGGAAGGUACGCCGAUUCGGCAACUGA